ACUAAAACCCAACGUUUCUGUGGUUCAGAGCACCUUGAUACCGGAAAAUUACUAGCGCAAGAAUCAGGUUAUAAAAAAGUCGGAAAGCAAAGGUGGCUCUCACAAUGCUGGAUAAACUUUGAAAUAGCGAUACAUAUAACUUCCUUUAUAAUUCUUCUGAAUGCUACAGAAAAAUAAAAAUUUUGUCCUCGAACUAAGAAGCAGGAUGGAGAGAUAGUGCCAAAAUUACCCACUUUGUGAAGCUAAAGAGUUGGAGGACUCCCGACCUUCCCAAAUGCCCCCAUCGGAAAGGCUGUGGGCAAAACCUCUGAAAGCGACCAGGACCAGCUCUCACUGAGCAUGUCCACUUUCCAACCCGAUCCAGGGACAUAGGGUUUCAACUCAUUUGCUGAGACUGAGGCUGAAUAAGCUCCGCCCCCGGCUCUUACGGGUCUCCGGCAAAGCCUUUCCGGACUGAGAACCUCACUAAAACCCGGAAAAGCGGAUUCUUAGCAGCGCCGGCGCCAACCAUAGCGCUGCGCAUGCUCUGCCUCCAAGCUUCGAGCGCAGGUUGGCAGGACCGGCUGCGGCGGCUGCGUGCGGCUCGGCCUAUGGGGCUAGCUGGUGGCGGCGGCCUAGGGAGACUCAGCGGCUGGUGGGCAGGUGCACUGAUGCUGAAGUACUAUGAGCUUUCAGAACUUCUGGAGAAACUACAAAGUUCUGAUUGUUAUGGUACCUUUAGUUGGGUUCAUACAUUUGGGAUGGCACAGAAUCAAGAGCAGCCCUGUUUUCCAAAUGCCUAGUAAGGACAAUGUUUCUGCACCAGAUAGUCCAGCACUUGAAUGUCCUGAGAAGAAUCACAUCGAAGGGAAAUAGCAGGCUUGGAAUCUUCAGAAAGAAGCAUCUUUGAAUCUGAGCUUGAUACUGAAAGAGAUGAAAAACACCAGCUGGAUUGGAAAGAACUGGCUUCUUGUAGCUGGGGUGUCUUUCAUAGGUGUCCAUCUUGGAACAUACUUUAUACAGAGGGCUGCAAAACAAUCUAUAAAAUCUCAACCUAGAGGCAAACAACAGAGUACUGAAGAAUGAAAUAAAAAUAAAUAUUUGGAAUUACUAAUAUAUCACUAAGUCAUUACAUGCUAGUUAUCUUCAUAAGCCUGGAGCUAUUUAAUUUUAAAGUCACAGUGCUGCAUAUUCAGUACUUUCAUUCUUGAAGGAUAAUUUUUUUUUCUAAAUGUCAAGACCCAUGACAAUGAAAUAAAUAGAAAAAUAUGUCUAACAAAAUAAAAACUGUCUUCACCACUUGCGACUGGAAGUAAGAUGUCUCGUUUAGAAGCUAAAAAGCCAUCGUCGUGUAAAAGUGAACCACUGACAAGUGAGAGAGUCAGGGCCACACUUUGUGUCUUGAAAGGAAUCCUGACAUCCAGCUAUGGCCCUUCGGGGAGGCUGAAGCAGGUGCACAAUGGCCUUGGAGGCUGUGUGUGCACCACCUCACAUUCGUCGGCCCUGCUCUCCAACCUUCCUGUCACCCAUCCCAUUUUAAAGAUCCUGACAACAUCCAUGCAGAAUCAUGUGUCGUGUUUCAGUGACUGUGGCUUAUUCACAGCCAUUCUUUGUUGCAAUCUGAUUGAAAACCUUCAGAGAACAGGCUUGACACCCACCACUGUUAUUAAAUUAAACCAGCAACUUUUACGCCUCUGCACCAGUUACCUCAAGUCCGAGUCCUGUGGUUGUCGAAUUCUAGUUGACUUUAGCAGGCCUCAGACCCUCCUUUGUUUGGUGCGCAGUAUAGUAACAAGUAAACCCGCCAGCAUGCUCACCAGAGAGGAAACAGACCAUAUCAGUGCUUUGGUUCUGAGAGCCUUUUUACUUACAAUUCCAGACAACGCCAAAGACCGCCUCAUUUUAGGAAAGAGUAUAAUUGUGCCUUUAAAAGGGCAAAGAGUUCUAGAUUCUUCUGUAUUCCCUGGAAUACUUCUUGAAAUGUCAGAAGUUCAAUUGAUGAAGAUCUUACCUAUCAAAAAAUCAGAUGCCUUCAAGGUGGCACUCUUUUGUGCUUCUUUAUCUGGAGAUCUCUCUGAUACUGGAGAAGGAACUGUGGUGGUCAGUUCCAGGGUCUCUCUUGAAAAUGCAGCCCUGGAGCAGUUGCUUAACCUAGGAAGGCAGCUAGUUAGUGAUCACGUAGAUCUUGUCAUGUGCCAAAAAGUUAUACACCCAUCCUUAAAACAGUUUCUCCAUAUGCACCGUGUAAUUGCUGUAGACAGAGUUGGAGUGGCUGUGAUGGAACCCCUGAGUAAAGUAACAGGAACACCGCCUAUUGGUUCCCUAGGCUCAAUCUCUCCUAGUAGUUAUGGAAGUGUGAAAGAUUUGUGCCCUGCAAAAUUUGGCUUCAAACAUUUUCUUCAUCUUAUUCCUAAUGAAGCAACUAUCUGCAGCUUGCUGCUCUGCAGCAGAAACGACACUGCUUGGGACGAGCUGAAGCUCACAUGUCAAACCGCACUGCAUGCUUUGCAGUUGACAAUCAAGGAACCCAGUGUUUUGUUGGGAGGUGGCUGUACUGAAACUCAUUUGGCAGCAUAUAUCAGACACAAGAUUUGUAAUGAGCCAGAAAGCAUUCUAAAAGAUGAUGGAUGUACUCAAACAGAACUUCAACUAAUCACUGAAGCAUUCUGUAGUGCAUUAGAAUCUGUCGCUGGCUCUUUGGAACAUGAUGGAGGUGAAGUUCUUACUGACAUGAAGUAUGGACACUUUUGGUCCACUCAGGCAGAGUCUCCCUCUGUUGUUAACUGGCCAGAUUUGCUUUCAAGAUGUGGCUGUGGACUAUACAAUAGCCAGGAAGAACUCCACUGGUCUUUCUUGAAGACUACUCGGCAUCCCUUUGCACCACAAACUUGCCUUCCACAUGAAGCUACGGGCUCAGCCAACAACCUGACCUUGGACUGUUUUACUGCUAAGCUCAGUGGCCUGCAGGUGGCUGUGGAGACAGCCAAUUUGAUUUUGGAUCUUUCAUAUAUCAUUGAAGAUAAAAACUGAUAGCAUAGCAUAUUUAUAUUACAAACAAACAAACAAAAAACCUAGUCAGGUGUCAGUUAAGAAAAAUAUUGAGUGUAUUUUUUUUCUCUCCCAAAGGCCUGUUCUGCAUAUUUGGAUAGAUUAUUCAUAAAAUUAUAGGGAUACUUAUAUAAUGGGGAACAGUCUGAUUUUUAAAUAGAAAUACCAUAGAAUACUAAAAAUAUGAAGCAUUAUUAUUAAAGAUAUUAUAGUUAUCUUAGGGUUUCCACAGAUGCCACUGUAUGCUCUAAAUUUUUAUUAUUUUGACAUCAUUAAAGAAUAUACAGAAAUAAAAAAAAUUUCCUAACCUAUGCUCUGGUUUGGAUAUGCUUAUUAUAGAUACUUUUUAGUAGUAUUUAUACAUGUUUAAAGUGUACAAUUAGAUUCCAAAGUAUCACAAAGCACCCAACAUAUAUUGCUCAAUUAAGAGAAGUACUCAAACUGCACAUUUAAUAAAAUUUUGAUGUUCUUUAACCUGAGGCACUAUCAUUCAGGGUUUAAGUAACUGAUGUGGAACCUGACUUACCUAUAAUUUCUAGUUUGCAUCACAUUUCUUCAUUUGUGUUAUUUCAAAGAAAUGUGUGAUUAGGGAAAAAAAAAUUAUAUAGUAACUAAGCAGUAUAGAGAAAAGAAGUGGAAAAGUUAUUUCUCUAGUUCACUCAGUAGUGUAAAGAAGAAGCCAGAACAGCUCUCAUAGUCAAAGUAGAGACUGAUGUUUCACCAAGGGAUGUAAUUUGAAUGUUAUGCAAAUGCAAUCAAUGUAUUGAUAAAUUGAAGAAGAAAUACAGAAUGCAACUUGAGGAAUAAGUAUGGAGCUAUAGCAGAUGCUAUAUUAAACCUUAGGAAAACAUUUUGAGAAUUUUUGGAAAACUAAACAAUGUAAGAGUCAGUGAUCAGAUCUAUAGCUAUGAUAGAAGGAGACAGAAUUUUUAAGCAAUUUCCUCCAAUAUUCUUGUAAUGCAAAACAAUUUUUACCCUGAGCCAAAGAAAAAAAAUGCAAUAUAAACUCACAGGAAUGCAAUAUAUAUUGAAAACUCAGCUGCACCUCAUGCUUCAUAAAAUACUGCCCUUAAAUUUUACAUCUUUUAUUAUUAGAGUCAAAUAGAAGGGCAGUGUGGCAAGCAGCCUUUAAGAUGGCCACCAGUUACCCCUCCCACUCCUGGUUUUCACACCCUUGCACAAUCCCCUCCCCUUGCAUGUGGGCUGGACGUAGGGACUCCUCUGAGUCUCCAUUUUCCCUUCAUGAGCAGGAAUGUCUUCUUGCAGGUCUCCUACGCCUGCUUUAUUAUGGUAUGUUGGGAGUGGACUUGUCCAUUAGCUUCUUGGGUCUACAGAUGGAGAGGAGUUCCAGAAGCUGUACUUAAAGAAUUACACCUGAGGAGUCUCACCCACCCUGGCCUUAUCAGUGAUAAGAUUCUGGACUUGAAGCUGAUACUGUAAUGCAGUGAGACUUCUGGGAGUCUGGGAAAUAUGUGAAUGUAUUUUGCAUGUGAUGGGCUCCCUGAUCUCACUUCCUGGUAGUACACCCUUACGGUGUGCAUGGGACAUAAUGACUAGCUUUUAGUGAGUAUAUAGCAGAAGUGACAGGACGUCACAUUGUAAAAAGAUGGGCUUCUCUCGAUCUCUCACUUGCUCACCCUGAUGGAACCACCUCUUGAGAGGCCCACAUAGCAAGAGACUGCGAAAGGCUUCCAGCCAACAGCCCACAAGGAACUGAAUCCUACUGAUAACCACAAGAGUGAUUGUAGAAGCAUAUCCUCCCUAGUGAAAGCCUCAACAGUAGCCCCUGCCAUUGCAGCCACUCAAGAGGCCCUGAAGCAGAGAACCCAGAUUGAUUCCUGACCCACAGAAUCUGUGAGGUGAUAAAUCUUAAAUCAAGUUUUCGGUGUAAUUUUUUUACGCAACAAUAGACAUAAUAAAGUCAAGAGCAAAUGCUUCUUUAUAAUUACAUACUGAAAACUUGUUCACACAAUGGAAAAAAGCAUUCUGGAUGCCAUGCCUCUGCAUUUCCACCACCCCUCCAAACAUGAAGGCAGUGCUCUUUAUCAUACAUGUUCCCAGUGGGGUUUUUAUGUUCAUUUACAGAAGCGUGUCACGUGGGUGGCUCAGUCAAGUAUCUGACUCUUGGUUUCAGCUAGGUCAUGAUCUCACAGUUGUGAGAGAGGCUCUGUGCUCAGUGCUGAGUCAGCUUCAGAU